AUGGAAACGGCGGACGGCGGCCGCCGAGGGACACAAAGGGCGGCGCGGCGGCGGCGGGCUGCGCGGCGCGGCCCCAUGGCGGCGGCGGUAGCGGAGGAGGAGGAGGAGGCUGCGGCGGUGGGCCCGGCGCCGGGCGGUAGCUGCGCGGGGGCCCCUCGGUACCGCCUGCUGGCCGAGAUCGGCCGCGGGGCGUACGGCGUGGUGUACGAGGCGGUGUCGAGCCGCAGCGGAGCUCGGUUGGCGGUGAAGAGGAUCCGUUGCGACGCCCCCGAGAACGUGGAGCUGGCGCUGGCCGAGUUCUGGGCGCUGACCAGCCUGAGGCGGCAGCACCCCAACGUGGUGCGCUUCGAGGAGUGCGUGCUGCAGCGGCACGGCCUGGGGCAGCGCAUGAGCCACGGCAACAAGCGCAGCCAGCUCUACCUGCGGCUGGUGGAGACCUCCCUGAAAGGUGAGAGGAUCCUGGGCUACGCGGAGGAGCCUUGCUACCUCUGGUUCGUCAUGGAGUUCUGUGAGGGGGGGGACCUCAACCAGUACGUGCUCUCACGACGACCCGACCCUGCGACCAACAGGAGCUUCAUGCUGCAGCUCACCAGUGCCAUCGCCUUCCUGCACAAGAACCACAUUGUCCAUCGGGACCUGAAGCCAGACAACAUCCUGAUCACAGAGAAGUCCGGCACCCCUGUUCUCAAGGUGGCUGACUUUGGGCUCAGCAAGGUCUGUGCUGGUCUGACAGCUCGAGGCAAGAAGGGUGGCCACGAGAACAGAAACGUGAAUGUGAACAAGUACUGGCUGUCUUCGGCUUGUGGCUCUGAUUUCUAUAUGGCCCCCGAGGUCUGGGAGGGGCACUACACCGCUAAGGCUGACAUCUUCGCCCUCGGUAUCAUCAUCUGGGCCAUGAUUGAGAGGCUCACCUUCAUCGAUGCUGAGACCAAGAGGGAGCUGCUGGGGACUUACAUCAAGCAGGGGACUGAGAUCGUGCCCGUCGGGGAAGCGCUGCUAGAAAACCCAAAGAUGGAGCUGCACAUCCCUCAGAAACGCAGGACUUCCAUGUCUGAGGGCAUCAAGCAGCUUCUGAAAGACAUGUUGGCUGCUAACCCGCAAGAUCGACCUGAUGCCUUUGAGCUUGAAACCAGAAUGGACCAGGUUACAUGUGCUGCUUAAAUUCAGGGCAGGGCACUGCUGUGCUCUGCAGCUGGGUAAGUGAUCGGUAGUUUUUAUAUUAUUCUGUCUGCUGUCCGGCCUGUUAAUGCACUUUGUAGUGACACAAUGGAGUCCUUUAUGUUCCCAGAGCUAUUUCUAUAGUGACUCAUCAGAGCUCUGUUUCUGAGUGGUGUUCUUUUCCCCACCUAUUCUGUUGCAGCAGUACAGUAGAGGUGAGAAGCAAUGAGCAGCUGCGUGUCCUGGUGCUGCCCAAAGCCCAGGCACAGCUCCGCUCCUUGGGCCUGGGCUGGGGAAGCAUGUUGAACACCUGGCAUCAGCUUUGGGUGUGUUGGUCCCUUCCAGAGACAGGGAAGGAGCUGCCCCUUCUGUCUCCUCCAUGUGCUGUGAUUUCAGCAAAGCUAUGAGAGCUCUUAUCUCUCAAAUACGGUGCUCCUUCCCCACUGAUAUUAGGGUAGGGCAGCUCAGGUCUUGGCUGGCCUGCAGGGGAGGCACUGAGCUGAGUGGCAGGUGGGUUCUGGCACAGACCUGACUGUUUUCCUUGCUUUCACUUGCAAAGCAUGUGCAUCCAUCUCAUUUCAUUUCCUUGCUAAAGGCAGGACUUCAGUGCCAAGCACAGUUGCAUAAACCCAGUGGGAUGCUUUGGUGUUUAACAUCCGAGCUGAGAUCUGGGUCUGCUCAGGAAGGAAGCUUACAGAACAUCUGUGCUCAGAUGGAGCUUAGUUCAUGCAGAGUCCCUCCCUUUUCCCCCAGGCUCAGGUUCUAAAUAGUCCUGAACUUGGCUUCUGCUGCGUCCUGGUCCUUAGUGGGGGUCUGGAAGGACACCCAUGGAUGUGGGAUAGCUGGUUGUGUCACUCAGCAGUGACACCAAAGGAAUGAGCAGUUCUGCCUUUAUGGUAAAGCUGUCUGUAAACAAGAGCUGUUACUAUGGGAUUCUCCUGGCCAAACACUUCAAUGAAACUGGAAAAUGACAGAUUAUAGGGUGAGGCAGAUAUCUUUCCAGCCCUGGUCUUUCACAAGCUGCUUCAGAGCUGGAUGGUGCUGCUCCCUGAUUCUUACUACCAGAAACCAAACAGAUCCUUCUGGAUCAAAGUGAAGCACAGAUACAAGAGGGCAAAGAGAGCCAGAACUGCUGCUGUCGCUGGCAAACACCCAGCUGUCAGCUUUGUGGUCAAUGGCUGUGUGCCAUCCACUGCCAUUGCAGGGUGCAAUGGGGAAGGGAAGGCCACUUUGGCAGGAGGUGCUCCAAAUUCUCCUUGCUGCUCAUCUGAGUGUUCCCAAGCUCAUGAGGAAUGAUGUGCCAUCCGUGCAGAGUCUGCACACACAGCUUUGUGCUGUGCCACGUGGGUUCUGUGCUGCCUCCAGCAUCUCUUGGUGGUCCUCUGCCUGGGACUGCUGCGCUCCAGCAGCCAGUAUGGAAUGUGCUUUUAGGGGGUGGGCUGCUGGGGCUUAUCCAACUCCUGGCACCCUUACCUUCUGUAGGAAGUGCUUGACAUGUCCCCCAGAGAAACAGGAAUACAGAAAUGGGAAGCCCCUUUGGUAGGUGUGGUGUCAUCCCUCCUGGUUUGUCCAAAUUGGUCCGUGAACCACCUGCUUUCCUCUCCUAGCACAAAAUGCACUAAAUCCCUUGAAAUUUCCACUGCAACUAAUUGAUGUGAUGUGACAGAGUCUGCCAGGGGCUGGGGUUUGGUGCUGUCCUGGUGUGAACGUGGGGUGGGGAUUAGAGCAGGGCCAUGACCUGUAGCAAUGCGAGUGCUUCAGGCGUGAAGAAGUCCUGGGUGCAGAGCAGGGCACCCCACCUUGCACCCUGGGGCAAGGGAUGAGGCUUUUAGCAGGGCAGGGAUGUGCCUGCUCAGAGCUGGGGCUGUGCAGGGAGGGUCAGGCUUUGCUGCUGCCAUCUGCGAUCGCUCGCCCGCUGACACGAUGCUGCUGGGUUAUGCAACCAGCCUGUGCCCUCCGGGGAAAAUUCAUCCUGUGCAUAUCUGCAGAAUAGCACACGCAGGGAUAACAAACACGGAGGGGACAGUCCUACCCUGGGGCUGUUUGCAUAAAACCCAGCUGCCUUCUCAGCCCCCCCCCUCUCCAUCCGUCCGCCAUGAGCUGCCACUGAUUGUCUGGGGGUGACGCAGCUGCAGUGGAGAUGCUGUGCUUACAUAAGGCAGCGUGGCCCAGAUAGGAGCCUGGCACUGGCUGUAUGCUCCCUGCAAACCCACAGCCGUGCACUGUGCAGCAGGAGCAUUCCUCCUGUGUGCUUUUGUAGGGCAGUGGAAUUGUCUGGGUGCUUUUCCUAUAGGGCUUCUGAAUGCAUCGUGUGUGCGUAUGUUCAAACCAGCCUACCUCUGUGGGGCUUUCAUUUAAUGCAAAGCUGAAAUCGGAAGCUUGAGAAGCUUAAAAUGGGAUUUAGGGCAGGGCCUGAAUUCUGCUCUCAGGUAAUUUAAGUUGACCGGGAAACUGAAGUAAUCUCUCCCUGCUUGCUUUGGGCAUUGCGUGCAGUGCAGGGCUGGGCAGCGAGGUCCCCUUUCCAACAGCCCCAGCCCCUGUGCAGACCUGGCCCACAUUGUGACCUGGAAAACUGUAACCCUGAUCUCGGAAAUCAGAUUUUCCUCCAUCCUUCAUCUCUUCUGAUCACGCUUUGCAUCCCAGCAGCUCUGCCUUCAGUCCUGCUGCGGAUGCUGCGCAGACCUGCUGCUCACUGUGCCUCUUAUUCUGUUAUCUUGCAAAACAGAAGGAUUUGGUGUCAGCUCCCAGCCAGCACAGUGCUUCUGGCCUUGCUUUCAGCUGAGCCUGGGUUAGAUGAGCUUAUCACUGCCUGUCCCCCAAGGCAGCAGCGUGUCCUGCAGAGGUGGGUGGCAUUCCCUGGGGAUAACAUCAUCUUUUCUGAGCAUUGCUUCCUCAUCUCCUGAAGUACUGGUUUAUCCAAACCUGAGUUUGCUGUUCCCACAGAUGUGCCUUUUUGGGCAAAGGGUCGAAAGCCUUUCUUAUACAUCAGUGGUUGGGUUGUGCUGAGUACCUGCUGAUAGUCUCCUGAUUGCCAUGUGACAGCCCAGCCCCAACUGCAGCAAAAGCAGUAUUUCACCCUUCCUUACUGAUACAGCAAGGCUCUGUAAACUGAAAAGCAGCUGGAUCUGGAGUUGUUUUGCUGUGCCUUGCUCCCCAGGGACCUCCAUUCACCCAUCAGCAGUUGGAGCUCACGCACAGGUGCAAGUCCCCUCCUUGCUGGGUUGGUUUCUUGCAGCUCUGCCCUCAUCUCCUAUUCUCCUUGUGGGUCCCCUUGUGGGUAUCACUGUCUAUGCCCAUCAUUCUCAUAGCUGCCUUCCCAGGCAGUGUUUGUGCAGGAUGCACUGGGCACUCAUUAGCCAAGCUCAUAGAUCCUUAGAUGCAUAGAAUGUCCUGAAUUGGAAAAGACUCAUGAAGAUCAUGCAACACCUGGCUCCACACAGCACACCCAGGAAGUCGUUGAGGUGUGUGGUGCAAUGGGAGUCUGUGUGCUGCUCACUAAUCUUGUCACAGAAAGAAAGGGAUCACGAAGGGCAGCAUCGCCCACCACAAUUUAACACGUAAGAAAAUGUGUACUUUUAAUUUCUGCAAGGUGUCAAACUGCAGUGGUUUUGUUCAGUGUGGAAGGCAGCUUGUUCUGUAAGUCAUACUCUGUAGCAAAACAGGAUUUUUGGGAUAGCAGGCAGGAAUGUGAAUGCAGAGUGAUUCGGGCUGAGCAGAGGUGCUGCCCUCAGCUUUGCCCCGUGUUCUGACACUUUCUGGUGGCAGCUGAAAGUAACUGCUGGCAUUUGCCUUGUUCUGUUUGCAUCUGCAAAAUCAUAGAAUCAGUGCAGCGGGGCUGAUACUGAGCAAGCUCAGCUGUGCAGUGGCACCUCUCUCUGAUGAGCACAUCUGCACAGACACCUGAGUGCUGUCAGUAAGCAGCUGACCUGUAGGAAUCCACCUCUGAAGGGCAGGGAUCAGUGCUCAUCAGAAACGGCUCUGGCUGUGAGCUGCCAGCGAGAAGGCUGCUGUGUUUGGGUACGUUGUGUCUGUUAGGGCAUCAGUAAAAGUGCCCUGAUGCUGCGGGAAGGGACCUCAUCAGCGUGUCAGGGAAAUGUUGGGCAUGGUUUGUCAGUCCUGGCAUGGACAGAGCAAGCUGUGGGAUGACAACAGCAUGGUUAGUUCCUCUUGGCUGUGGCAGCAGCUGCAGCAUCUCUGGGCCACCCUGCAGGGCACCCUUCAGGCAGUGUCACAUCUAUCUGGAGAGGAGCAAAGCCCUGGGCAGGGCUGGGUGGCUGCACCUCUGGCAACGUGUGGCUUUGCUGCUGUGAGUCCCACAUCCCUUCAGGGAAGGCUCUGGGUUGGAUUGAAGGGAGCUGCCAAGGAGCCCUGCACGUGUGUUUGUGGAAGGAUGUGGGGGUACAGUGGGCUCUCAGCCCCCUCCCUCGCACCCUGCAUCCCCACGUAGGGCUGGAUGAUGUGAGCACAAGGAGCUGCCAGCUUAUGUCUUCAUGCCUUGGUGAGACCCUCUGCUACCCUGAGGACCACGUUCUCAUCUCCAUCUGCCGUAAGCUGCACGUUAGUGUCAUCCUCAUCAGUGCUGCGUGAGGGCUGUGGGCUGCUGGUUCAUGUUCUGCUGAUGCUGAGCGAACAUUCGAGCUGAUUAAAACUGGAAGUGGCGUCAGCAGGGGUAUUAAAAGCUCUUGAACAAGCCCAGAAACAGCAUGCGUCAAUGCAGCGAGCUUGGAAGCAGUCAGACCAGGAUCUUCCUUGAACUGCUCCUGCUCCGGGGAGGCGUGAAUAGCAGCAGCACAGCCCUACUUGCUGAUGGAGCUGCACCACAGGAGGAAUCUUACGGACAAUUCUUCACUCUGUUGCUCCUGCCCUGGUGUCCCAGUGCCUCCCACAAGAUACAGAACAGCUUCUCUCUGAUCCCAGCUGAGUGCAGGCAGCCCUGGCCUCUUCCUUUAAAAGUAGAUUCUGCAGGCGUGGAUUUCUUUAAUGAGAUUUCCUGGGACUAAGGGAUUUGAAUCAUUUGCUGGGUAGUGGUUAUGGCACAGUUUGUCUGUGGAGCUGGGGGGACAUGGCUGUGCUCCCAGCACCAUGAAGGGAAAACCAAAUUCCCCAUUUUCUCCAUGUUAUGUUUCUCAGAGCUGAAGUUUGGGGGAAGAUUCAACUGCUGUUAGUUGUGGGGAAAACUAUGUCAUGAAGCAGCAUGCUGCCCUAGGUUUGAAGGUUUGUGCAUUGUUUAACCAGGAGAAAAAAGCUUCUGUGCAAAGCUGAGCUCUGCCUUCCCUGAGUGCGGUGCAGGGUUGCCCCUCCUGCCCCAAAAUCCAGGCUCUGAGCAUCCUCAGGGGCUGCACAGAGUGUAGCACUGCUCUUGGCUGCAUCCAAGUGGAUUUUAGCAGCCUCUUGCAGAGCACUCAAGAGCCUGAGCUGCUGCUGACGCACAGUACGAGAGGUUCAGUGUGACCCCAAAGUCCUGGUGUGUUCUGUGCUCAGUCACAUACAGGUCCUCAAGGACAGUGCCAUCACAGGCAGUGCUGAGGCUUUACCUUGCAGCCCAUUCCUUCAGUUAAAAUUUGCUUAAAAAAUCAUACAAUACUCUGAGUUGGAAGGGAGCCACAGGGGUGGUAGAAUGGUUUGAGUUGGAAUUGACCCUUAAAGGCCAUCUGCCCCAACCCCAGGCAGUGCACAGGGGCACCCACACAGCUCCAUCAGUGCUCACAGCCCCCAGCCUGACCUGAGUGCCUGCAGGGAUGGGGCACCCACCUCACCUCUGGGCAGCCUGUGCUACUGCUUCACUGCCCUUAUCGUAAAGAGCAACUUCUUAAUAGUGAACCUAAAUAUCCCUACUGCAUGUGCAGAGUUCCCCAAUUCCCAGUUCAGUGAUUGAUUGCAUCUUCCUCCAGUGCACAGCAUCUCCUAACUGAAGAAGUAACGUCCUACAGGCAGUAUAAUGAAGUUAAUUAAUUAAAGGAGGCUAAGGGGAGGAAAGUCUCACUGCAGUAACUGGGACAAAACCAUGCACAUAUCUGAUCUCUGUUUCUCCUUUCUUGUUUUU